AUGGCGGAGGCCGGGGAUCUGCUGGCCGAGCAGCCGGCGCCGCAGGCGCUGCCCAGCACCGCCCGCCCCAUGAAGAUGACUCUGAGCACGGGGCCCGACUCCUCAGGAGGCCUGGGCGCUGUUGGCUUCCGUACAGCCAAGUACCAGCCCCACGAGUGGCACUGUAACAACUCGGCUCUGUACCAGGAGGCCUUCGCGGGCUGUGAGCAGGCCGAGUGCAGCCGGGCCGAGGCCAAGGAGCUGGCCGAGCUCACCACAGCCGCUGCCCAGCGUGCCCAGCAGCACGCCACGGCUGCCCUGGUCCAGCGCAUGCAGGACAUACACUUAUGGAAGGUCAAGCUCCAGAAGGAGAUUGAGGAGCUCAGUGCUGAAACCAGCCUGCUGGCAGCACAGAAGCGGCGGCUGGAAAGGGCGCUAGACACCAUCGAGAUACCCUAUGCCAUUGCCACCGAUAACCUAAUGUGUCGGGAGAGGAGGCAGCACCCGGAUCUAGUCAGUGAUGAGGUGGAGAGAGAGUUGCUGAAGGAACUUGAACUCAUCAGAAAUAUCCAGGAGCUUUUGAAAAGAACUUUGAUGCAAGCUGGCAACCAGAUGAGAAUAAAUCAAGAUCACAAAGAGAUUUGUGAAAUGGACUGGUCAGACAAAGUUGAAACAUACAGCAUUGAUGAGAAAUGUGAAAGAUACAGUAACCAGAGCACCAACAUCCAGUUCCAUCCUGUCACAGUGAAGUUUGAAGAGAGUGCCUCAACACCAGAGACAUGGGCCAAGUUCAGUCAUGACAACCUCUAUAGGGCAGAACAAGAAAAACUGGCUUCCAUCAAUCUUCGUGCCUUAAUCGACAACAUUCUUCAUGACAUAUCUGAGGACCUGAGGAGACAGUGUGCUGCUGUUAAUGAGGCUUUUGCCAAACGCUGUGAGGAGCUGGAUGAAGCAAAACGCAAACUAGAGCAUUAUUUGAACAAAACCCUUAAGGAGAUUGGACAUCAAGAGACUACCAUUGCUGCUCUCAAACAAGCUAUCAAAGACAAAGAAGCCCCAAUGAAAGUUGCUCAAACAAGGCUGUAUGACAGGUCUUUUAGGCCCAAUGUAGAGCUCUGCAGAGAUGAAGCACAAUUCAGGUUGAUCAGUGAAGUUGAAGAACUAACAGAGUCCAUCGCAUCCCUGAAGAAAAAACUGCUGGAAUCUGAACAGUCUCUGUGGAACCUGGAAGACACACGGAUGAAUUUAGAAAAAGAAAUAGCUGUGAAAACAAACAGUAUUUUUAUUGAUAAGCAAAAGUGCAUGGCCCAUCGCUCACGCUACCCUACUGUUUCUAAAUUAGCGGGUUACCGGUAGCAAUCUUUGCACUAACUAUGCAAAGUCUGGAAGAAAAAUGUAAUCUAGAAUCUUUUAUAUAAAAAUACAUGGAUUAUAUUAUGCUGAGAAGUACUCCAUUCAUGGUUGUUUUCCUUUAUUUGA